AUGUGUGUCAAAACAAGAAAUGGAACAUAUCCACAUGAAUGGAACAAAGCAGCUUACUAUCGCUGUUCAAAGUGGUGUGCUUAUCAACAAAACUGUCCUCCUAAUUAUUAUUAUUACGCUCAAAUUAAUCAAUGUCAAUUGCAACCAACUGACUGGACUCCACGAUUCGAUUUGACUGGUCGAUACCAAUUGGGUUGGGGCUACUUUAUGGAUAUUACUCAAACAGGCUAUAAUGUACGAUGGAUAUACGAAACUAAUGAGGAUAGAUACGCUUUUGUUGGUCAAUAUAUUAACGAAACAAUGAUAAUGGGUAUGCAAACAAAUAUAAAAAAAAGAACCAAUUGUAUAGUUUUAGAAAAUUUUGAAUUGUCCGUUUCGGGAAAGCGUAAUUUCUGUCGAACUCGAGCAACAUUCCCCUGUUACUGUAUCGAUGAAUUACCUGGUAUAAAUGAUAUAUCAUCUGGUUAUGAUGCGGCUAAGAUGCUUUCUGCAAAUGAACAAAAUUCAAAGUAUCGUAUUUUUGAUCUGAGUGAACAAAAUACAACUCCAUUCCAAACGAAAAUACUUGGACAAGAUCGAGUUUUUACAAGACCUAAACUCGUUCAAAUAACUGAUAUCAGUGUUCGAAAACAAGAUACUUGUCAAACAGUUGCUUAUACAUUUGAAUCAUUUUUUCGCAGCUAUUUUCAAUCGACAUCAUUUGGUAUUGGAAUUGGCAUUCCUGGUGUAAUUAGUGCUGCAGUAGGAUAUAGUCAAACAUUGAGACAAGUUCAAGAAGCUAUAACGAAAAGUGAAAAAGCUGUUGGAGUAUCAACAACAUGGUGGGGUCUUUAUUCCGUUCAGCUUGCUCCUCCUUUUCUUCUUAAAUUAGAUCCCAUGUUUAUUGAAAGUGUUGAUGUAUUAGCUUCAGAAGCAUCGAAUCCAUCUAAUGAAGAUCAUCAAGCAUAUUAUAAUCAAUUUGUUGAAACAUAUGGAACACAUUAUGUAUCUCGUAUUGUUGUUGGUGGUACAGCUUAUUUAUAUACAUUAUUAGAUUCCAGUUAUCAUAAAAUGUCUUCAUAUGAAGAAACAACAAGUCAAGUUAGUUUAAUGUUUCAAUAUCAACAAAGUUAUGUAGAAAGUCAAAAUAGUGAAUCAGAUUGGGAAGCAUGGCAACAAACAGCUGGUAAUUAUCCAGUUGUUGUUAAUCGAACAUUAUUUUCUAUUCAUAAUUUAAUCAAAAAUAAACCAACAGUUCGAGAACAUUUACGUAAAACAAUUGAAUUUUAUUUACAAAAAGGAGUUAUGCCAACAUUAGCUGAAUUGAAUGGUCGAAGUAUUGGUCGUAGUUCUUUAAUACCACCAAAACCUCAAGGCCCUAUAAUUGGACUUGAUGUUGUUGGUUGUGGAUAUGAUCUUCUUUUGAUGGAAAGUAAAUAUUGUAUUUUUGAUCAAAGUAAUUUCACUGACAAUGAACAAUGGUCAGAUCCAUAUAAUAAAACUUUAACUUAUUCUAUACCUGAUGGAUGGUUUGUUGUUAAUACUCCUGAAUCAUUAACAUUUGAUGGUUCAAUUUUAGUUACAUCUGUAGAAGAUUAUUUUCGUUGGACAACUACAGUUACUGUUAGAGAAUCAGGCGGUUGGUUAGGCAUUGGUCGAAGACGUAGUCAAAAAACAGUAACUGAAUUUUAUCGUCGUUUUUAUCAAGAUUAUUAUAAUUUAGUACUUCGAAUGAAACAAAUUGGUUGGUAUACAUUAUCAGUAACAGCAUAUCCAUAUCCAAAAUUAAAUCCUAUAGCUCAAACAGCAUUUAAUAAUUUACCCACAAAUUUUGAUAUAAAAGAUUUACAAAUUUGGGAAGAUUUUUUUAAUAUAUUUGGAACAGAUGUUGUUGUAUCAUCUAAUAUGGGUGGUCAAGUUUGGGCAGAAACAUGGUAUGAAAAAUGUUUAACUUAUGAACAUACACAAACAUGGAUUAAUGAACAAGUAAGCACAAAUUGGAUUUUUUUCACAGCACCUGUCAAAAACAGCCAAGAUUAUAGACAACAAGUCGAUGAACGUUUUAAACAAUAUUCUAAAUCUUCAUCUCAAUUAUUAGGUGGUACUGAGUCUAUUAGUCCAUCUCAAUGGGAAAAAUGGGCUCCAACAAUAAAAACACGUCCUCGUCCUAUAUCUUAUCGUCUUAUGUCAUUAGAUGAAAUUUUACCAGAAAGUAAUCUACGUCGUGCACUUAAAGCAGCAAUUCAUUAUGUUUUAAAAACAGCUGAAAAAGAAGAUCAUAAUUAUGUUACUCAAUUAGAAAAUCUACGAGGUCCACCGAAAAAAACUGUAGCCGAAAUGAAAUUCGUACACGACGAGCUGAACCAAUAA